GCUCAACGGUACCGUAGACCAAGAGCCAGAACUACUACUUGUAGUUGCAACUCAGCAUAUGUAUGAGAUGGAGUGGAAGCCUCCUCAACUUGACGUCUCCUGCCCUCCGGAACUUGUCCUAACAAACAAUCUGGACGUGGAUCCUGAUUUCGCAAAUAAUUUCACUCGUUGUGCCAGGUGGUGUGCAGAUGGAUCCAGCUUCCUCGUCCAGUGCGAAAACAGGUCAUUCCAGCUGUUUAAUAUUUCAGACGUUCAAGGCACACAGUUCUCCGUUCACCAUCAGCGCACAUUCUCGCAGUCCUCAGCAGCCGUCAAUUUUGCUUGGUAUCCUGGGGCAUCACCCAACAACGCUCCGUCGUACUGUUUCGUCGCUUCUGUGCGUGACUGUCCAGUGAAGCUUCUUGAUGCUUCCGAUGGAAGGCUGAGAGCCUCGUACCCGAUUAUUGAUCAUCGCGAGAGGUUCAUCGCUCCUCAUAGUCUCGCGUUCAACUUGACGGCAGACAAACUAUACUGCGGUUUCGAAGAUGCCGUCGAGAUCUUCGACAUUCAACAACCUGGGGAAGGCGAUCGCCUUCCGACUACGCCUUCUAAGAAAAGCAAGGAUGGCCUCAAAGGCAUCAUAUCCAGCAUAGCUUUUUCCUCCUCUUACGACUACUACGCGAUCGGCAGCCUAACGCCUUCCUCACAAGCGAUGGAUAAUAUUGCUUUGUAUUCCGAGUCGAAUAAGGCGGCUAUCAUGCCUAUAGGAGGCGCAGAUGUUCGAUCCGGAGUCACGCAGCUGAAGUUCAAUCCGAUGAAACCGCAUAUUCUGUAUGCUGCAUUUCGUCGACACAAUGCAAUAUAUGCCUGGGACCUUCGCAGUGAUACAUCUGUACCUGUGAAAGUCUUCAGGUCGUCAUUUGAUUCUCACAAAACCUUAACCAAUCAGAAAAUCGAAUUUGACGUAGAUUAUGCUGGGAGAUGGUUAAGCGUCGGUGACCAGAAUGGAUGCGUUUCGUUGUUUGAUGUGGGAGAAUCGGACGAAUUCGAUUCUGACCAGUCAUCAGCGAUGAAUAUCGACCAAAAGAUGACUUUCAACGCACACGGAGAUGUGGUCGGCUGCGUGGCAUUUCAGCCCUUGCAUUCCAACCUUCUGUCAGCAUCAGGCUCACGGCAUUUUGAUAAGGGCAUGGAGGAUAGUGAUUCCGAUAGUUCCGACGGGGGGCAUUCAACAGACCAAGAAUCGGAUUCUGAGAGCCAGAAUAUGAUCAAAGUGUCAAGGCGCCGACCACUUCCAUACGUCAAGGACUCUUCUUUGAAGAUGUGGUCAUUCGACCCCACGCGGACUGUACAUCACGCUUGAUUGAUAUUUGCUUCGGAGCGCCCGAAUGUCAUCGGAUGUACAUGUUCGUCUCUGGUCCUUUCGAGCUGAUACUUUGGAAACCCUCGCGUCCUAAAAAGCAUUAUCACGGGACACAUGAGAUGUCGUUGCGGAGCGCUCACGGUCAAGAUUAUUCACAGAUUACUAGUGAGCGGUGGGUUCUCGUUCGAUACUAGAAAGGUUGUCGAGUCGGCGGCGGUUGGAAGUUUGAAGAUCGCUA